AUUUGGCACUCUUUACCCUGCAUAUUAUUCUUACAAAGCCGUGAAAUCAAAGGACAUCAAAGAAUAUGUCAAAUGGAUGAUGUACUGGAUCAUAUUUGCGCUCUUCACGACAGCAGAGACAUUCACGGAUAUCUUUCUUUGCUGGUUUCCAUUCUACUAUGAACUCAAAAUAGCUUUUGUAGCUUGGCUGCUGUCUCCAUACACGAAAGGCUCCAGCCUCCUGUACAGGAAAUUUGUUCAUCCAACACUGUCUUCAAAAGAAAAGGAGAUCGAUGACUGCCUCGUCCAGGCAAAAGACCGGAGCUACGAUGCCCUUGUGCACUUUGGGAAGCGGGGGCUGAACGUUGCAGCCACAGCAGCCGUCAUGGCAGCUUCAAAGGGACAGGGGGCCCUGUCUGAGAGACUAAGGAGCUUUAGCAUGCAGGAUCUCUCGACGAUUCGUGGAGACAGCAGCAGCACUGUUCCUCCUUCGGUCACUGUACGAACAAGUAGCAAACAGAGCCAGCCAAAAACAUCCAGAAGUGCAUCGGAAGGCACUGGCAGCUCAGUGUGCACGUGUUGCUCUGUAUGCCGACGCCUCAGAGGUGUGGACAAUAAGUAUGAAAAGCCACCUGAGGCAAACUAUGAAGCAAAAGGCUCUGUGUUCUCAGAUGAUGAAGAGAACGAUUCAUUGGAUUGUGCAUCCAUGAACAAAAGGCCCAAAAAGAAGGAUCAGCCCCUUGAGGCAGGAUAG